AUGGUUGCAAGAAGGAAUGAUAAUGCUAUUACUGAGACAUUGACGAUGUUGGCUGGUGCUAUUGGGCAGGCUCCAAAUAUGAAUGUUGGUAACAGAGAGGAGGAUGAGUUUCGUGCUUUGAAGAAGUUCCAGAGGAACAAUCCGCCAAUCUUUGAGGGAGAUCAUGAACCUGACAAAGCACAAGCAUGGGUGAAGGCGAUCGAGAAGAUCUUUCGGGUCAUGAAUUAUGGGAUUGAGGUUAGUUGGGCUCUUUUCCGAGAUGCAUUUUUGGAGAAGUAUUAUUCAGGGGAUGUGUGUGGGAAAAAAGAAGUUGAGUUUCUUGAGCUGAAGCAGGGUAAUAGAAUUGUCGCAGAGUAUGCUGUAAAGUUUCAGAAGUUGAUUAAGUUUUGUCCUCAUUACAACACUGCUAAUGCUGAGAGGUAUAAGUGUCUUAAGUUUGUUAACAAGAAUAGGAUCUAUGAUGAGGAUAGUAGAGAUAGUGCUUCUCACUAUAAGUAUUUGAAUGAUAAGAAAGGGAAAGGCCAAAUCAGAGGAAAGCCAUAUGCUGAUAAAGGGAAACAAAAAGCUGGUUAUGACAGGAAGCCGAGUGGGGGAGGAGCUCCUACUCUAGUUAGGUGCUAG